AUGGAAGUCGUAAAGUUACUGAGUCUCUUUUUCAUCCUUCAUCGGGCUCUUGCCGAAGUAGUGACUCCGUCAGACAUCACCGAAUCCCCCAUCCGGAUUAACGGUGGCCAACUGGUAAACGAGACGGUGCCUUUCCAGGUCUCUCUGCAGCUCCAGAGACGGGGUCGCUGGCAGCACUUUUGUGGUGGUUCCAUCAUCAGUGCCCAGCAUGUCCUGACCGCAGCCCACUGCAUGGAAAAGAUGAAGGUAGAGGACGUGAGUGUGGUUGGUGGGACUCUGAACUGGAAGGCGGGUGGCUUGCGCCAUCGAGUGCUGGCAAAGCAUGUGCAUCCCCAGUACUCCAUGAGCCCAAAGAUCAUCAACGACAUUGCUCUGGUACGAGUAACACCUCCAUUCCGCUUGGAGCGAGCGGACAUUGGAACCGUCCAACUGGGAGGCUCCGAUCGAAUUGGCGAGAAAGUGCCGGUUCGCCUCACUGGCUGGGGAUCCACCACCUCGGCCACCUCCUCCGCCAAGCUGCCGGAUCAGCUACAGGCUCUGAACUACCGCACCAUUUCAAAUGAGGAAUGUAACCAAAAGGGUUUCCGAGUGACCCGCAACGAGAUUUGCGCCCUUGCUGUUCAGGGACAAGGGGCGUGUGUGGGUGACUCUGGAGGGCCUCUGAUUAAGGCUGGACCACAGCCACAUCUGGUGGGGAUUGUGUCCUACGGCUCGUCCACCUGUGCCCAGGGAAGGCUCGAUGUUUACACGCGAGUCUCCAGCUUCUUGCCCUACAUCAGCCAGGUGAUCAACCAGGAUCUCUCCCAAUAA